AUGGAAACAAAUGUCAAGAAAAAGAAUGUGAACAAAGCCUGUAACGCUCUGCCAAGUGCUGGAGAGGCACCUGCUAGUGUCUCUAACAUCUUGCCUUCAGAGAAGGUUUCACCAUCUAAAGUGUCAGAUCUUCCCAGAAUUUUGCCCAAAGUAGUACCUCUAGAAGUUGGAUCCCAGAAAAGUUGUUGCAGAGGAGGUGGCAGCAGUGUGGGUGUGUCAAGCUCUGCCCCCCAUAAAUAUGGUAAAGGCCCAGGCUCUGGGUCUGACUCAGCAAAUGAUGAUCCUUCAAAGACCCAUCAAGGAAAGAGUGGGGCUGCACCAGCUGUAUUAGACAAGGCACAAGCGAUAAGACGGCCACGAGCAGUGAUUUGUUACAUAUGUGGCCGUGAGUAUGGAACAAAAUCUAUUAGUAUCCAUGAGCCACAAUGCCUGAAAAAUUGGCACCAGGGGAAUGACAUGCUACCGAAGCACUUGAAAAGGCCAGAGCCCAAAAAGCCUGAAGUCAGUCCCAUACAAGCCAAAGGUUUCUAUGAUCUUGAUUCUUUAAAUGAGGCUGCCUGGAUCAGUGCCCAGAACCAGCUAGUUCCAUGUGAUAUUUGUGGGCGUACUUUUCUUCCAGACAGACUAAUCGUCCACCAGCUGUCCUGUAAACCGAAACCUGCAACGUGA